CCCCUUCCCUCUCGCUUCCCCCUCCCCUUUCCCAGCCGCGCUCUCAAUCUCGAGCUCGCUCGCUCUCCCUCUCCCCGAGCCGUGGAAAGGAUCCCACUUCCGGUGGGGUGUCAUGGCGGCGUCUCGGACUGUGAUGGCUGAGGGGAGACGGCGCUAGUGGGGAGAGCCACCCACAGGCGCCCUCCCCUCCCCGGGUUCCCCUCCCCACCCCUCCCCCAGUCUCCUCGCCAACGCCCCCUUCCCCUGUCCCCCUCCCGGCGGGCCGCGCGGGCCCCCGUCCCCACCCCCGUGGGAACGCUAGCCGCCCGCACUCCUCAGCCGCUCGGCUCGCCGCUGCCCUCACCUCCGCACCGGCCGCCCGCCCUCCGGCGGGCACGGGACGCCGGCCCUCUACCACCCCCGGGUCGCGGGGAGGACAUGGCCGCACACAGGCCGGUGGAAUGGGUCCAGGCCGUGGUCAGCCGCUUCGACGAGCAGCUUCCAAUAAAAACAGGACAGCAGAACACACAUACCAAAGUCAGCACUGAGCACAACAAGGAGUGUCUGAUCAACAUUUCCAAAUACAAGUUUUCUUUGGUCAUCAGUGGACUCACUACCAUCCUAAAGAAUGUUAACAAUAUGAGGAUAUUUGGAGAAGCUGCUGAAAAAAAUUUGUAUCUCUCUCAGUUGAUCAUAUUGGAUACACUGGAAAAAUGUCUUGCUGGGCAACCAAAGGACACAAUGAGAUUAGAUGAAACAAUGCUGGUCAAACAGUUACUACCAGAAAUCUGCCAUUUUCUUCACACCUGCCGUGAAGGAAAUCAACAUGCAGCCGAACUUCGAAAUUCUGCCUCUGGGGUUUUAUUUUCUCUCAGCUGCAACAACUUCAAUGCAGUCUUUAGUCGCAUUUCUACAAGGUUACAGGAGUUGACUGUCUGUUCAGAAGAUAAUGUUGAUGUUCAUGAUAUAGAAUUGUUACAGUAUAUCAAUGUGGACUGUGCAAAAUUAAAACGACUCCUGAAGGAAACAGCAUUUAAAUUUAAAGCCCUGAAGAAGGUCGCACAGUUGGCAGUUAUAAAUAGCCUAGAAAAGGCAUUUUGGAACUGGGUAGAAAAUUAUCCGGAUGAAUUUACAAAGCUAUACCAAAUUCCACAGACAGAUAUGGCUGAGUGUGCAGAAAAACUGUUUGACUUGGUGGAUGGUUUUGCAGAAAGCACCAAACGUAAAGCAGCAGUCUGGCCGCUCCAGAUCAUUCUCCUUAUUCUCUGUCCAGAGAUAAUCCAGGACAUAUCCAAGGACGUGGUAGACGAGAACAACAUAAACAAGAAGCUGUUUCUGGACAGUUUACGAAAAGCACUUGCUGGCCAUGGAGGAAGCAGACAGCUGACUGAGAGUGCUGCCAUUGCUUGUGUCAAGUUGUGUAAAGCAAGUACUUACAUCAACUGGGAAGAUAAUUCUGUCAUUUUCCUACUAGUCCAGUCCAUGGUGGUUGAUCUUAAGAACCUGCUUUUUAAUCCAAGUAAACCAUUCUCUAGAGGCAGUCAGCCUGCAGAUGUGGACCUCAUGAUUGACUGUCUUGUCUCUUGCUUUCGGAUAAGCCCUCACAACAACCAACACUUUAAGAUCUGCCUGGCUCAGAAUUCACCUUCUACAUUUCACUAUGUGUUGGUAAACUCACUGCACCGCAUCAUUACCAAUUCUGCAUUGGAUUGGUGGCCUAAGAUUGAUGCUGUAUAUUGUCACUCAGUUGAACUUCGAAAUAUGUUUGGUGAAACACUUCAUAAAGCAGUGCAAGGCUGUGGAGCACACCCAGCAAUACGAAUGGCACCAAGUCUCACCUUUAAAGAAAAGGUCACAAGCCUUAAAUUUAAAGAAAAGCCUACGGACUUAGAGACAAGGAGCUACAAGUGUCUUCUUUUGUCCAUGGUGAAACUGAUUCACGCAGACCCGAAGCUUCUGCUUUGUAAUCCAAGAAAACAGGGCCCUGAAACUCAAGGCAGUACAGCAGAACUAAUUACAGGGCUUGUACAACUUGUCCCUCAGUCGCACAUGCCGGAGGUUGCUCAGGAGGCUAUGGAGGCUUUGCUGGUUCUUCAUCAGUUGGAUAGCAUUGAUUUAUGGAAUCCUGAUGCUCCUGUAGAAACAUUUUGGGAAAUUAGCUCACAAAUGCUUUUUUACAUCUGCAAGAAAUUAACUAGCCAUCAAAUGCUUAGUAGCACAGAAAUUCUCAAGUGGUUACGGGAAAUUUUGAUCUGCAGAAAUAAAUUUCUUCUUAAAAAUAAGGCAGAUAGAAGUUCCUGCCAUUCUCUCUACCUUUAUGGAGUAGGAUGUGAAAUGCCUGUUAGUGGCAAUACCACUCAAAUGUCAGUUGAUCAUGAUGAGUUCCUGCGUACUCCUGGAGUGUCUCUGCGGAAAGGAAAAGGGAAUCCCCCCGUGGAUAGCACAGCAGGGUGCAGUGGAACCCCACCUAUAUGCCGACAAGCACAGACCAAGCUCGAAGUGGCCUUGUACAUGUUUCUGUGGAAUCCUGACACUGAAGCUGUUCUGGUUGCUAUGUCCUGUUUCCGCCACCUCUGUGAAGAGGCAGACAUCCGCUGCGGGGUGGAUGAAGUCUCAGUACACAACUUCCUGCCCAACUAUAACACAUUCCUGGAAUUUGCCUCAGUCAGUAAUAUGAUGUCAACAGGAAGAGCAGCACUUCAGAAAAGAGUGAUGGCCCUGCUAAGGCGUAUUGAGCACCCUACUGCAGGAAACAUUGAGGCCUGGGAAGAUACACAUACAAAGUGGGAACAGGCUACAAAACUAAUCCUUAACUACCCAAAAGCCAAAAUGGAAGAUGGCCAGGCUGCAGAAAGUCUUCAUAAGACCAUUGUUAAGAGACGGAUGUCCCACGUCAGUGGAGGAGGGUCCAUAGACUUGUCUGACACAGACUCCCUGCAGGAAUGGAUCAACAUGACUGGCUUCCUUUGUGCCCUUGGUGGGGUGUGCCUGCAACAGAGAAGCAGCUCUGGCCUAGCCACAUACAGCCCACCUAUGGGCCCUGUCAGUGAACGCAAAGGGUCUAUGAUUUCUGUAAUGUCUUCUGAAGGGAAUGUUGAUUCACCUGUCAGCAGAUUUAUGGACCGGCUUCUGUCCUUAAUGGUGUGUAACCAUGAGAAAGUGGGGCUUCAGAUACGGACCAAUGUUAAGGACCUGGUGGGUCUGGAGUUGAGUCCUGCUCUGUAUCCAAUGUUGUUUAACAAACUGAAGAAUACCAUCAGCAAGUUUUUUGACUCUCAAGGACAGGUAUUAUUAACUGACAGUAACACUCAGUUUGUAGAGCAAACCAUAGCCAUAAUGAAAAAUCUACUGGAUAAUCAUACUGAAGGCAGCUCUGAGCAUCUGGGACAAGCAAGCAUUGAGACAAUGAUGUUAAAUCUGGUCAGAUAUGUUCGUGUUCUUGGGAAUAUGGUCCAUGCAAUACAAAUUAAAACAAAAUUGUGUCAGUUAGUUGAAGUCAUGAUGGCAAGAAGAGACGACCUCUCGUUUUGUCAAGAGAUGAAAUUUAGGAAUAAGAUGGUAGAAUACCUAACAGACUGGGUUAUGGGAACAUCAAACCAAGCAGCAGAUGAUGAUGUAAAAUGUCUUACAAGAGAUUUGGACCAAGCAAGCAUGGAAGCAGUAGUUUCACUCCUUGCUGGUCUUCCACUGCAGCCCGAAGAAGGAGAUGGGGUGGAGCUGAUGGAGGCCAAAUCACAGUUAUUCCUUAAGUACUUCACAUUAUUUAUGAACCUUUUGAAUGACUGUAGUGAAGUUGAAGAUGAAAAUGCACAAACAGGUGGCAGGAAACGUGGCAUGUCUCGGAGGCUGGCAUCCCUGAGGCACUGUACAGUGCUUGCAAUGUCAAACUUACUCAAUGCUAAUGUGGACAGUGGACUCAUGCACUCCAUAGGUUUAGGUUAUCACAAGGAUCUUCAGACAAGAGCUACAUUUAUGGAAGUUCUGACAAAAAUCCUUCAACAAGGAACAGAAUUCGAUACACUUGCGGAAACAGUGUUGGCAGAUCGGUUUGAGAGACUUGUGGAACUGGUCACAAUGAUGGGAGACCAGGGAGAACUCCCUAUAGCUAUGGCUCUGGCCAAUGUGGUUCCUUGUUCUCAGUGGGAUGAGCUGGCUCGAGUUCUGGUCACGCUGUUUGAUUCCCGGCACUUACUCUACCAGCUGCUCUGGAACAUGUUCUCUAAGGAGGUAGAACUGGCAGACUCCAUGCAGACGCUUUUUCGAGGCAACAGCUUGGCCAGUAAGAUAAUGACAUUCUGCUUCAAGGUGUAUGGUGCUACUUACCUACAAAAGCUCUUGGACCCUUUAUUACGAAUCAUUAUCACAUCUUCGGAUUGGCAACAUGUUAGCUUUGAAGUGGAUCCUACCAGGUUAGAGCCCUCUGAGAGCCUUGAGGAGAACCAGAGGAACCUCCUUCAGGUGACAGAGAAGUUCUUCCAUGCCAUCAUCAGCUCUUCCUCAGAAUUCCCCUCGCAGCUUCGAAGUGUCUGCCAUUGUUUGUAUCAGGCAACUUGCCACUCCCUACUGAAUAAAGCUACAGUAAAAGAAAGAAAGGAAAACAAAAAAUCAGUGGUUAGCCAGCGCUUCCCUCAGAACAGCAUCGGUGCCGUAGGAAGUGCCAUGUUUCUCAGAUUCAUCAAUCCUGCCAUUGUCUCGCCGUAUGAAGCAGGGAUUUUAGAUAAAAAGCCACCACCUAGAAUCGAAAGGGGCUUGAAGUUAAUGUCCAAGGUACUUCAGAGCAUUGCCAAUCAUGUCCUGUUCACAAAAGAAGAGCAUAUGAGGCCUUUUAAUGAUUUUGUGAAAAGCAAUUUUGACUUGGCACGAAGGUUUUUCCUAGAUAUAGCAUCAGAUUGUCCUACAAGUGACGCAGUAAACCAUAGUCUUUCCUUUAUCAGUGAUGGCAAUGUGCUUGCUUUACAUCGGCUGCUUUGGAACAAUCAGGAGAAAAUUGGACAGUAUCUUUCCAGCAAUAGGGAUCAUAAAGCUGUUGGAAGACGACCUUUUGAUAAGAUGGCCACACUUCUUGCAUAUCUGGGUCCUCCGGAGCACAAGCCUGUGGCAGACACACACUGGUCCAGCCUUAACCUUACCAGUUCAAAGUUUGAGGAAUUCAUGACCAGACACCAGGUACAUGAGAAAGAAGAGUUUAAGGCCUUGAAAACAUUAAGCAUCUUCUACCAAGCUGGCACUUCCAAGGCUGGGAAUCCUAUUUUUUAUUAUGUUGCACGGAGGUUCAAAACUGGCCAAAUCAAUGGUGAUUUGCUGAUAUACCAUGUCUUGCUGACUUUAAAGCCAUAUUAUGCCAAGCCAUAUGAAAUUGUCGUGGACCUCACCCAUACCGGGCCUAGCAAUCGCUUUAAAACAGACUUCCUCUCUAAGUGGUUCGUUGUUUUUCCUGGCUUUGCAUAUGACAACGUCUCUGCAGUCUACAUCUAUAACUGUAACUCCUGGGUCAGGGAGUAUACCAAAUAUCAUGAGCGCCUGCUGACUGGCCUCAAGGGCAGCAAAAGGCUCAUUUUCAUCGACUGUCCUGGGAAGCUGGCUGAGCACAUAGAGCAUGAGCAACAGAAACUCCCUGCUGCUACCUUGGCUUUGGAAGAGGAUCUAAAGGUUUUCCACAAUGCUCUCAAGCUAGCUCACAAGGACACCAAAGUUUCUAUUAAGGUUGGUUCUACCGCCGUUCAGGUAACCUCAGCAGAAAGAACAAAAGUUUUGGGACAAUCUGUCUUUUUAAAUGAUAUCUACUAUGCUUCUGAAAUCGAAGAGAUCUGCCUAGUUGACGAAAACCAGUUCACUUUAACCAUUGCAAACCAAGGCACACCGCUGACUUUCAUGCACCAAGAAUGUGAAGCCAUUGUUCAGUCUAUCAUUCAUAUCAGGACCCGCUGGGAGUUGUCACAACCUGACUCCAUUCCUCAGCAUACCAAGAUUCGACCAAAAGAUGUCCCUGGGACGCUGCUUAAUAUUGCAUUACUGAAUUUGGGCAGUUCAGACCCUAGUUUACGGUCUGCUGCCUAUAAUCUCCUGUGUGCCUUAACCUGUACCUUUAAUUUAAAGAUUGAAGGUCAGUUGCUAGAGACAUCGGGGUUAUGCAUCCCUGCCAACAACACACUCUUCAUUGUCUCAAUCAGUAAGACGCUUGCAGCCAAUGAACCACACCUCACCUUAGAGUUUUUAGAAGAGUGUAUUUCUGGAUUUAGCAAAUCUAGUAUUGAAUUGAAGCACCUUUGUUUGGAAUAUAUGACCCCGUGGCUGUCAAAUCUAGUCCGUUUUUGUAAGCAUAAUGAUGAUGCCAAACGACAAAGGGUUACUGCCAUCCUUGAUAAGCUAAUAACAAUGACCAUAAAUGAGAAGCAGAUGUACCCUUCUAUUCAAGCAAAAAUCUGGGGGAGCCUUGGGCAGAUCACAGACCUGCUAGAUGUUGUGCUUGACAGUUUCAUCAAAACCAGUGCAACGGGAGGCUUAGGGUCUAUCAAAGCUGAGGUGAUGGCAGACACGGCUGUGGCUUUAGCUUCUGGGAAUGUGAAGUUGGUGUCGAGUAAGGUUAUUGGAAGGAUGUGUAAAAUAAUUGACAAGACUUGCUUAUCUCCAACUCCAACUUUAGAACAACAUCUUAUGUGGGACGAUAUUGCCAUUUUAGCACGCUACAUGCUGAUGCUGUCCUUCAACAACUCCCUCGAUGUGGCAGCUCAUCUUCCCUAUCUCUUCCAUGUUGUCACUUUCUUAGUAGCCACAGGUCCCUUGUCCCUUCGAGCUUCCACACAUGGGCUGGUCAUUAAUAUCAUUCACUCUCUGUGUACUUGUUCACAGCUUCAUUUUAGUGAAGAGACCAAGCAAGUUUUGAGGCUCAGUCUAACAGAGUUCUCAUUACCCAAAUUUUACUUACUGUUUGGCAUUAGCAAAGUCAAGUCAGCUGCUGUCAUUGCCUUCCGUUCCAGUUACCGGGACCGGUCCUUCUCCCCUGGCUCCUAUGAGAGGGAGACUUUUGCUUUGACAUCCCUGGAAACAGUCACAGAAGCUUUGUUGGAGAUCAUGGAGGCAUGUAUGAGAGAUAUUCCAACAUGCAAGUGGCUGGAUCAGUGGACAGAACUGGCUCAAAGAUUUGCAUUUCAGUACAACCCGUCGCUGCAGCCAAGAGCUCUUGUGGUGUUUGGGUGUAUUAGCAAACGUGUGUCUCAUGGACAGAUAAAGCAGAUUAUCCGAAUUCUUAGCAAGGCACUUGAAAGUUGUUUAAAAGGACCUGACACUUACAACAGUCAAGUUCUGAUAGAAUCUACGGUGAUAGCACUAACAAAAUUACAGCCGCUUCUUAAUAAGGACUCGCCACUGCACAAAGCCCUCUUUUGGGUUGCUGUGGCUGUGCUGCAGCUAGAUGAGGUCAACUUGUAUUCAGCCGGCACUGCACUUCUGGAACAAAACCUGCACACCUUGGAUAGUCUCCGGAUAUUCAAUGACAAGAGUCCAGAAGAAGUGUUUAUGGCAAUCCGGAAUCCUCUGGAAUGGCACUGCAAGCAAAUGGAUCACUUUGUUGGACUCAAUUUCAACUCUAAUUUUAACUUUGCACUAGUUGGACACCUCUUAAAAGGGUACAGGCAUCCUUCACCUGCCAUUGUUGCAAGAACAGUCAGAAUUUUGCAUACACUACUAACUCUCGUUAACAAACAUAGAAAUUGUGACAAAUUUGAGGUGAAUACACAGAGUGUGGCUUACUUAGCAGCUCUACUCACAGUAUCCGAAGAGGUUCGAAGUCGCUGUAGCCUCAAGCAUAGGAAGUCCCUUCUUCUUACUGAUAUUUCAAUGGAAAAUGUUCCUAUGGAUACAUAUCCCAUUCAUCACGGUGACCCCAGCUAUAGGACACUAAAGGAGACCCAGCCAUGGUCCUCUCCCAAGGGUUCAGAAGGAUACCUUGCAGCCACCUACCCAGCUGUAGGCCAAACCAGUCCCCGAGCCAGGAAAUCCAUGAGUUUGGACAUGGGACAGCCUUCUCAGGCCAACACAAAAAAAUUGCUUGGAACAAGAAAAAGUUUUGAUCACUUGAUAUCUGACACAAAGGCUCCUAAAAGACAAGAAAUGGAAUCCGGGAUUACAACACCUCCAAAAAUGAGAAGAGUGGCGGAGACUGAUUAUGAAAUGGAAACCCAAAGGAUUUCCUCCCCGCAGCAGCACCCACAUUUACGGAAAGUCUCAGUCUCUGAAUCAAAUGUUCUUUUGGAUGAAGAAGUACUUACUGACCCAAAGAUCCAAGCACUGCUUCUUACUGUUCUGGCUACACUGGUAAAAUAUACCACAGAUGAAUUUGAUCAACGGAUUCUUUAUGAAUACCUAGCAGAGGCCAGCGUUGUGUUUCCCAAAGUGUUUCCUGUUGUGCACAAUUUGUUGGACUCUAAGAUCAAUACCCUCUUGUCUUUGUGCCAAGAUCCAAAUUUGUUAAAUCCAAUCCAUGGAAUUGUGCAGAGUGUGGUAUACCAUGAGGAAUCCCCUCCACAGUACCAAACAUCUUACCUGCAAAGUUUUGGUUUUAAUGGCUUAUGGCGGUUUGCAGGACCCUUCUCAAAGCAAACACAAAUCCCAGACUAUGCUGAGCUCAUUGUUAAAUUUCUUGAUGCCUUGAUUGACACGUACUUGCCUGGAAUUGAUGAAGAAACCAGUGAGGAGUCCCUCCUGACACCCACAUCUCCUUACCCUCCUGCACUGCAGAGCCAGCUUAGUAUCACUGCCAACCUUAACCUCUCUAAUUCCAUGACCUCACUUGCAACUUCCCAGCAUUCCCCAGGAAUCGACAAGGAGAACGUUGAACUCUCCCCCACCACUGGCCACUGUAACAGUGGACGGACUCGCCAUGGAUCCGCAAGCCAAGUGCAGAAGCAAAGAAGUGCUGGCAGUUUCAAACGUAAUAGCAUUAAGAAGAUCGUGUGAAGCAUUCUUUGUUUCACUCUUCAAACCAACCUAACAUGGCUUCUCACUAGUGACCCCUCACCUUGCACUGCUGCACUUCGUGUCUUAUGAUCCCAUCUGGUCACCGUGUCACCAGAUGGUCAACUCUUGGAGCAUUGCCUAAGUUUAAUGCUGCUUUUCUUUGAUGUUUUUCCUUCUACUUUGGCAUGUGUCUGGUUGAGCACUUGUUCUGAGGACUGCAGAGAAAUCAGGCUGUCGGGAAGCCUGACUGAGAGUGUGGACUGUGGGCAUGGAUGAACCCUCCAGUGCUGCUGCUGCCGCUGCCAGCCACAGGCCGUACACAGAGGGGGGCCUUCUGUGUUCCCGUCUUACAGAGUGAAGGGGUCGUCUUAUUUACACACUUAGAAGUUUGGGGGAGAAAUCAUAUUUUAACCCCAGUGUAUUUAAUCUUCUAGCUGUGGACUUUUUUUUUUUUUACCUUAUGAAGUUGAAGGAACCACAGAGGCCAAGCCUCAAUGAAGCCACAGGCCAGGGACUGGGGGAGGGGGCAAACUAGUAUUUUGUAACGGAUUCAUAAGAAAUACUAACAUUUGAGUAUUAGCAAUAAGUACAGGAAAAUAAGCAUGACACACACAUCUUAACAUUGCUGAAUUUAAGCUAUCGGUUCUGAGGCCUUAUACAUACUUGGUCAUCCAAACUGGGUAAUUUUUUUUCCUGUUGAUUAUCUUUUAAUUUUUACAUAUGAAGGUGUUCUGUUUUGUUUUUUGUUUCAUUUUUUUUUUAAGCCAAGACUAUACUAAGUAUAGAAAGACACUUGUUUUUGCACUUGCUUUCUCCUCUUUCCUAAGUGAUUCUAAGCAGGGUGACUAGUAGGCAGUGCUGAGCUUGUCUCCGCAAGGUGAUUUUCAUAGCUAUUUCCAUUAGCUCCAUAGCAGAAUGGAAUGGUACGUGACGUAGGGUAGGGGAUAUUUUUAUUUUGUUAAAUAAUUUUCCAAGAAACAAAAUAUGCUGUAUAUUAUCAUAAAUUUCUUUGAUAAGAUGUAUUUUUUAAAUCUUUUAAUCUUACUCCUCUCCUCCAAAUAAAAUCAGGAAUCUCUAGCAAAACAUUUGGAUUCUAUCUGAUAGGAUUGCAUUUAGUCACUGUGAAGUCUGGCCGACCCGUGUGCUGUGGACACAGGCCCUCUAGGAUUGCUGCUGUGCAGAGUGGCUAGACCAGUGGGACUCAGGCCCGUCAAGGGAUGCACACCGAGCUGCUUCACGGGACCUGCAGGAUGCAAGACAGUUUGACUUUAGUGAGCACAGUAGUACAUGAAUGCUCUCAUUUAAGAUUGAACUAUAUUUAUUUUUCAAAGGUAUUAUCCCUCUACAGCCAGGUUCCCUUCAUAUAAUAAGACAUAAUGGCUUUGGGAGGGACCAAAAGAAACCCAGUAGGGUGUGGACGGGUCCUGUAGUGCUGGCUCACUAGUAGAUUUCAGUAAGUUAAACUCCACAGCUAAGUCAAUAAAUAAUGGUACAUUUAAGUAUUCUGACUUUAAUAAUAUAACACAUUUCACACUUAUCCAUACAGUAACAAUGUAAUAUGUUAAUGUAAAUAAAAUUGCUUUUGAUAUUCAGAAAUAACCAUUUAAUUUUUUUUAAUUUGUUUACAGCCCUGGGAAAAGUAAAAAUCAUUUGCCAAAAUAAAAGGAAAAACCCUUAGUAUUAGUAGUGAUUUUAACAUAGAAUCAUUGGAGAAUAUUGAAGACAGAUGCAGCAAACUGAGCUCUUGUUUUAACCAUUGUAAAGGCUACAUUAGAAUAACGUGUCAGAGCAGACAACCAAGGCUGUGAGGCUGAGAUUCCAGCUGAAUGUUGAUGCAGCAGGAGGCCCUGUGGUGAAGCUGCCAGGGGCUGGCUUCCCACAGCAGUGCUGCUGGGGCACACCACCACAAGCCUGGCUCCUGCAGCCGUGGGCAGCACAGCCUGAGGCUUCUGUAACUCUGGUUGCUUGCUUUUUUAAUGGUGGGCAUUACUGGCCCUUCACUUCCUCCAUCAAAACAGGACAACUUGUAAAUGUAGCACUCUUCCCAUAGCGGGUUUCCCAUAGUUCUUAAACUCCCCCCACUUGAGCUCUCAUGAAAAGAUCAAGUGGAGCCACUUCGGAAUGUGAAAAUUCUUUGACCUGUACAUCCCAGGAGACUUGGGAAGAGUUCCCGAUUUAUCUAAUAUACAGAACUUCCAGCUUUUGAGAAAAGUCUAACUUUGCAAGCAACUGAACCUAUGGAGCUUAAAAUGUCACCAGCUGCCCCUCCCCCACAGGAGACUAAUUACAGGAGGAGCAGCUGAAGGUCUGAGGAAUGAUCCAUUUUACACAAUUUGUGUGAGUUCUGUGAUUCAUUUUCAAUUUGUGUUCCCUGACUUAAAAGAAGAAAACCAGUAACUACUGUUUGUGUAUUUAGCUGGUCCUCCUCCCCUGGGCUCCUGUGCCCUCCACUGUGGGGACACCGCACUCUGCUGGCUAGUUACUCUUUCCUGCACAGUGCUGAGCCUGGAGGCUGGACAAUGCAGGCUGCUACUGUCCCAGUGGAGGGACACGUGCCAGCAACCCUUUCCACGGGGUUCAGGGUUGCAAGUUUCCUGUGGGAGAUCUGGCUUUUGUUUUCCCAGUUUGGGGGAAUUUUUUUCCCUGUUUAUUUUUUUUCCUACAUUUACCCCCCUCCCCAGCAUAUUGAAGCAUGUCUUAUUCAAUGUUAUGCAAUGGACUUAUAUAAAAAUCCACUUAGUGUCAGCCACACACUUUUUUUUUUAAUGCGGUAUAUUCACCUGUAAAUAGUUUGUGUAAAAUUUGACAGAAAAGUCUAUUUACUACAUUGUAAAUACAUGUGAUGAUAUAUUGUAUUAUUUUGCUUUUUUGUAAAGCAGUUAGUUGCUGUACAUGGAUAACAAACAAAAAUUUGAUUAUUCUUGUGUUCGUAUUGUUAACUUCUUCCUGCGACUGCGUUACAUCAUUUAAAGAAGAUGCUGUGUAUCGUGAACUGACCUUGUAUAUGAUUAACCCUCUCCCCUCCCCAACCAGCGGUUCCCUGCCUCCAGCCUUGUUGAUAAUGUAAUCAACAGGAGAACUUCUAUCCAUUGCUGUGGGGAAAUGUGUGGCCAUCAGUCGCAGAGCGUCGACCUCACUGGCUUCCUGUCCUGUGUACGACUGCCCACCCCUACCCCACUACACCCCCCCCUUUUUUUUUAAAGUAAAAUGUAAAUUCAAUCUGC